AUGUUGUUGAAGAAGAAGCACUUUGGUUGGGUAUGGAUAGUUAUUGUUGUUGUGGGACUAGUUAGUUUGCAAGCCGUGGAGGGCUGGCCUCGCCGGAUUCUCUUGGAUACUGAUGUCGAUACCGAUGAUUUCUUUGGUCUCUUGUACCUCUUGAAGCUUAACAGAUCAGAGUUUGAGUUAGAGGCAGUGACAGUGAAUGCAAAUGCUUGGACAAAUGCUGGGCAUGCUGUGCAUCAGGUGUAUGACAUGCUAUACAUGAUGGGUCGUGAUGAUGUUGCUGUUGGUGUGGGAGGGGAGGGUGGGAUUGAAGAAGAUGGCACCAUUUUACCAAAUGGGAUUACAACAGCAGGAGGAUGUAGAUAUAGACAAGCCAUUCCUGUAGGUUCUGGAGGUCGAUUAGAUAUCGAUUCUAAUUUUGGCAUCAGAAAAGCUUUCCUCCCUCAGGGGAGCAGGAGAUAUAAUCCUUUUCGACAACCUACUGCUCAGCAAGUGAUGAUUGACAAAAUAUCUGCAGGUCCCAUAACUGUGUUUCUUAUAGGAGCACAUACAAAUUUUGCCAUAUUCCUUAUGAGCAAUCCACAGUUGAAGAAGAAUGUUGAGCACAUAUAUGUCAUGGGUGGUGGUGUGAGAUCAAAGAACCCAACUGGUUGUUGCCCCGAAAAUGCCACCUCUUGUGUACCCCGGCAGUGUGGUGAUCCUGGUAAUGUGUUCACAGACUAUACAAGUAAUCCUUAUGCAGAGUUCAAUUUCUUGGGAGAUCCCUUUGCGGCAUACCAGGUUAUACAUUCUGGGAUUCCUGUCACCCUCGUUCCUUUGGAUGCAACAAACACCAUUCCUAUUAGUCAAAACUUCUUUGAGGCACUUGAGAAGAGUCAGAGUACAUAUGAGGCACAAUAUAUCUUCCAGUCCUUGAAAAUGGCUCGUGAUACUUGGUUCGACAACCAGUUCUAUACGAGCUAUUUCAUGUGGGACUCGUUUACAGCUGGUGUGGCAGCCUCAAUCAUGCGAAACUCGAAUAACCCUCGAGGCGAAAAUGAAUUUGCUGAAAUGGAGUAUAUGAAUAUAACUGUGAUUACUUCAAAUGAACCUUAUGGGAUAUCUGAUGGCUCCAACCCUUUCUUUGAUGGCCUUAAAGUUCCAAAGUUCAACUUAGACAAACAUGGUGUGCAUAGUGGCCACGUUCAGAAAGGACUUAGAGAUCCAUUUUGCAUUGUAAAGGAAGGGAAAGGGAAAUGCAAGGAUGGUUAUACAACAGAGGUAACAGGACCUGAGGCAGUGCCUGUGCUUGUUGCUACAAAAGCAAAACCAAAUCAGGACCCUGAAAGCCCACUCAACAGAGAAUUCUUUAAAAGCUUCUUAGAGAUCCUAAACAACCCUCAACAAAAAGGGAGAUUCAAUUUCACAACACAAUUUCCCUUUUACAAGGAAGAGACAUAUAAACCAGAAUUUGGAACUAGAAAACUGGGUAAACCUGUUGUCUUUGACAUGGAUAUGAGUGCUGGAGACUUUGUAGCUCUGUUCUUCCUCCUCAAAGUACCUGUUGAAGUGAUUAAUCUCAAGGCAAUAAUGGUCAGCCCAACUGGGUGGGCAGAUGCUGCUACAAUAGAUGUCAUUUAUGACUUACUGCAUAUGAUGGGCCGGGAUGACAUUCCAGUAGGUCUGGGAGAUGUAUUUGCUAUGAACCAGUCUGAUCCAGUUUUCUCUGCUGUUGGAGACUGCAAAUACCUUAAGGCCAUCCCUCAUGGGAAUGGUGGAUUAUUGGACUCGGACACUCUCUAUGGCCUUGCCCGGGAUUUUCCCCGAAGCCCAAGAAGGUAUACAGCAGAAAAUUCUGUAAAUUACGGAGCCCCUCGGGAUACAGAUCACCAUGAACUCAGACAACCACUAGCAUUGGAAAUUUGGGAGUCUCUGGUGAAAAGACUGGAUCCAGGAUCUAAGAUUACCAUAUUGACCAAUGGACCCUUGACUACUUUAGCAAAGAUUAUUUUGUUGGAGCAGAACACUACCUCUGUAAUUCAGGAUGUAUAUAUAGUUGGAGGCCAUAUCAGCAGCAAUGACAAGGACAAAGGAAAUGUGUUUACAAUCCCUUCCAAUGAAUAUGCAGAGUUCAAUAUGUUUCUUGACCCUUUUGCUGCAAACACAGUUUUUGGUUCCUCACUUAACAUCACACUCAUUCCACUAAGCAUCCAGCAAAAAGUUAGUUCAUUUUCGAAAAUCUUAGAAGGGCUGCGCCAGAGAAAGAAGACGCCCGAGGCUCAUUUUGCCAGGCGGGUGCUGUCAAGGCUCUACCGUUUGCAGCAAUUGCACCAUAGAUAUCAUCACAUGCAAACUUUCUUGGGGGAAAUACUUGGUGCAGUUCUCAUAGCUGGUGAUUCCCAUCUGAACCAAACCUUCCAAGUCAAGCCUAUCAAAGUUCAUGCUGAAGGUGUUGAAUCAAAAGAUGGGCAACUUUUGAUUGAUGAAAAGCAAGGGAAACUAGUAAGAGUAUUGGACAGUGUAAAUCCUAAAGCCUAUUAUGAUCUUUUUGCAGAAAGGCUUAGUGAUUCAGUUCAAUCUGCUGUAUUAGUAAUUUUGAAGAGCAAGUAA